AUGUGUGAACUACAUACUGAAUGGCCAAAAAAUGAAAUCACACUUUAUGUAGAACCUGAAGUUGAACCAAUUGCUAUUGAAGAACCUAUGGUUGAACCAGUUGCAGUAGACCAGUCAUGGGAAAUGAAUGAUGAAGAUGAUGAUACUGAUUGUGAGGAGGUGACCAAUACUGUUAGAUCAUCUGUGGUUGACCAAAAUGAUGUUAGUGCAGAACUUGUAGAGGGUUUAAGGGAUGGCAGUUGUGAUGGAGCUGUGCAUGUGGAUGACCAUGCUACCCAUGGACAAACUGUUGGUAGUGAUCAAGCUGUUCAUGUGGAUGAACCUGAUUGGCUAGAUGAAGGGUAUGAAGGACCAGAUUAUCCUGAUGACAUAUUUGGUGCUCCUGUGCCCAAUAUGAGAGAGCAUGAAAAUGAUACUGAAAAUGUAAAUGAUGGAGAUGGUGUGAGAGAGACAGUUACAGAUAAUGGGGAGAGACCAGAAGCUGCUGCCAGUGAUCAAGCCGGUGAUAAUAAUGAUUGGGCUAAAAAAGCUCUUGAUGAUGAUGACACUAGGAGCAUAAAUAGUUCAAAGGAUGAGGAUGAAAGGGCGAGAUGUCCAGAGUUUAAUGAGAAGACUAGCAUGAAUAACCCAGAGUUAUGCAAGGGUAUGAAGUUCCCAAAUGGGAAGGUGUUUAGGGCUGCCCUGAGGGAAUAUGCAGUGAGGAAGCCUGUGGACAUUAAGUUCAAGCUUAAUGAGAAGACCAAAGUUUCUGUCCAUUACAAGUAUGAAUGUAGUUGGAGGGCAGUUUCUGGUGUGAAGUAUCGAGUUAUGCAGGAUGUGUAUGUGGACUUGAGCAUAAAUCAAGUGUACAGAGCUAAGAGGAAAGUUAGAGAGUUCAUACUAAGUGAUGAGAGGUUGCAGUAUGGGAAGCUUAGGGACUAUGCAGAGAUGAUAAGAGUAACUGAUGUGGGGAGUAAGGUGAUUUUGCAAACUGAGAUUACUGAGCCUAACACACAACCCAAGUUCAAGAGGAUGUAUAUGAGAUACAAUGCACAGAAAGUUGGAUUCUUGGGGGGGUGCAGGCCACUUGUAGGAUUAGAUGGUUACCACUUGAAGGGCAAGUUUGAUGGACAUUUAUUAUUAGCAACUACAAGGGAUGGGAAUGACAAUAUUUUCCCUGUUACAUUAGGUGUAGUUGAGCAAGAAAACAAGGAUUCUUGGGUGUGGUUUUUACAGACAUUUGCAGAUGAUAUUGGGAGGCCAGAUGAGCUGAAUCUGGUGUUCAUUUCAGAUAGGCAGAAGGGAUUGAUACCUGCCAUGGAGAUGUUGUUUCCAACAGUUGAACAUAGAUUUUGUGUGAAGCAUAUUUACAACAACUUUAAGUUAAACUUCAAGGGUUUAGAAUUGAAGGCUGCAUUAUGGAGGUGUGCUGCAACAACAACAGUUAGAGAGUUUGAGAAGAGAAUGCAAGAUAUGAAGGAAUUGGACAAAGAAGCAUGGAAAGCUAGGGAUAAGCCUAUCAUUUCCAUGCUAGGGUGGAUUAGGGUUAGGUUGAUGACUAGAAUGUACAGUAAGAGGUCUGGGAUUGAAAAAUUCACUAGUAACAUAUGUCCAAACAUAGUGCAGAAGCUUGAGCAGUUGAAAGUUAAUUCUAAGUCAUUUUUCGCUAUUCCAUCGGGAUGCUAUAUAUAUGAUGUUGAUAAUGAGUAUGAGAGGCAUGUGGUUAACCUUACAAGAAAGUGUUAUACUUGUAGAGUUUGGGAUUUGACAAGAAUCUCAUGUAAGCAUGGUGUUGCAGCAAUCUAUAAGAACUUGGAGAGGCCUGAAGAUUAUGUGCAUGCAUGCUUUAGAAAGGAUGCCUAUGUGGGUGCAUAUAAGGAGAUGAUUACCCCAUUGCCUGGCCAAGAUGAAUGGGUUUAA